CAGACUCGUGUUGGAAGCUACAGCGGAGCGCGGAGAGACGCAAGAGCCAGAGCCGACCCGGGGCAGUGCAGUGCAGUGCAGUGCUGGUUCAGGUCGCGCUUUUACGCACGGGAGCAAACUGUCCGGAUAUGUUAUGAACUUAUAUCUCUGACAACACGUGCUGGAAUAUUCACUUUAGACGCAUAGUACGACUCAAAAUUAAGUCAAGUGGACAGUAUUGUAGCAAGAUGAAGGGAUUUACGCAGUUAUUCCCUCUGAUCGUGCUGUUGUGCGUCCACGCGGUUUCAUCCUCCAAGUCCAACGUGCCACGAUUGAGGCUUUCGUAUAAAGAUAUGGUGUCUUCUAACCGCUCUUUGGUCUUCAACGGACAUCAGGGACAGCUCUCUGUGUCCUCUGUGUUUUUGGAUGAGUACAGAGACAGGCUGUUCAUCGGAGGGAAGGACGUGCUCUACUCACUGCUGCUCAGACCCACAGGACAGGAGUCAAAAGAGAUCCACUGGCCCCCGUUGCCUGGAAACAGAGAGCACUGCGUUUCAAUAGGAAAAGACCCACAGACAGAAUGUGCUAACUUCGUGCGCCUGCUGCAGCCCUAUAACCGCACCCACCUGUUGGCCUGUGGGACCGGAGCCUUCCACCCCAUGUGCGCCUUCAUCUACGUGGGACACCGCGGAGAGCAUGUGUUCUCUUUGGAAGCCUCUAAUGUGGAGAAUGGACGAGGGAAGGUCCCACAUGAUCCCAGUCUGCCCUUUGCCAGCAUCUUCACUGGAGGUGAGCUGUACACAGGACUGACUGCAGAUUUUCUGGGCAGUGAUCAUGUGAUCCUCAGGACGAUGGGAGGACGCUCCACUAUGAGGACAGAGACUGACCAGAAACUACUGCACGACCCCAGGUUUGUGGCCGCUCACCUCAUCCCAGACAAUGAUGACAAAGACGACAACAAAGUGUACUUCUUUUUCACUGAGAAAGUGAGUGAGUCUGGGGACAGAGAGGGAGCCAUCUACUCAAGGAUCGGGCGAGUGUGUGCGAAUGAUGUUGGCGGUCAGAGAGUGCUGGUGAACAAAUGGAGCACAUUCAUCAAAACCAGACUUGUGUGUUCGGUGCCCGGACCUCACGGUAUCGAUACGCACUUUAACCAACUGGAGGAUGUGUUCUUGCUGAGGACCAAAGACGAAAGAAACCCAGACGUCUAUGCCAUUUUUAGCACCAUCAGUAAUGUGUUCCAAGGCUUUGCGGUAUGUGUCUAUCGCAUGGCUGAUAUCAGGGAAGCCUUCAACGGGCCGUUCGCUCACAAAGAGGGUCCAGACCACCAGUGGGGGGCAUAUGAGGGCCGGGUCCCCUAUCCCAGACCAGGAGUGUGCCCCAGUAAGAUCACAAACCAGCCGGGCAGAGAGUUUGGCAGCACCAAGGACUUCCCGGACUCAGUGCUGCACUUCGCCCGCAGUCACCCGCUCAUGUGGAGGCCCGUGCACCCUGCCCAGAGGAAACCCGUCCUGGUCAGAGCCAAUGUCCCGUACAGGCUGCAGCAGAUCACAGUGGACCGUGUGGAGGCAGAGGACGGACAGUAUGACGUCAUGUUCAUCGGCACUGAUGUUGGGACAGUUUUGAAAGUCAUUACCCUGCACAGUGGAAACAGCCUGGAGACUGAGGUGAUCACACUGGAAGAACUACAGGUUUUCAAGGUUCCUACUCCUAUAACCUCAAUGGACAUAUCAGUCAAAAGGCAAGCAGUGUUUGUGGGCUCGGAAGUGGGGGUGGUGCAGGUGAAGUUGCACCGCUGUGAGACCUAUGGGAAUGCCUGUGCUGAGUGCUGUUUGGCCAGAGAUCCGUACUGUGCCUGGGAUGGGACGUCCUGUUCUCGAUUCGUCCUCAACAGUAAACGUCGCUAUCGCCGCCAGGAUAUUCGCCAUGGCAACCCCGUACUGCAGUGUGUCGACCAAAACAUGAGUGAAGAGAUGGAUGUCCCUGAGGAGCGAGUGGUUUAUGGGACAGAACACAACAGCACGUUCUUGGAGUGUAUCCCACGCUCUCCACAGGCGUCCGUCAGCUGGCUGGUCCAACGGGAAGACCGCAAGGAGGAGGUAAAACUGGAUGAGCGUGUGAUGGUUACCGAGCACGGCCUUCUGUUCCGCCACCUGUUCCACCAGGAUGAGGGUCUUUACAUCUGUCGGUCCCGCGAGCACGGCUUCACUCAGACCCUGUCCCGACUAAACCUGGAAGUGCUGCCGGCCGACACGGUGGAUGAGCUGAUGCAGAGAGACAGCCACCCCGACUACAAAGACCGCUCCGGCCUGGGAUACCGACCCUGGACCCCCUGCAACACCUACACCAGGGGCAGUUCCACCGGUCAAAUCGGUCAGUCACGUACCUGGUUCAAAGACAUCAUGCAGCUGAUUGGUCCGGCUAACCUGCCCCACGUGGAGGAGUACUGCGAGAGGAUGUGGUGCAACGACAAACUGCGGAGGAAGCACAAGAGCAUGUUGGAGAAGUAUCGGCAGGCCCAGGACAGCGCCCGGAAGGCCCGCAGCAAGAGUGUGAGUGAACGCAACAGGACGCCACGGGACCUGAGCCGAAUCAGCCAAUAGGAGCGGACACAGGAGGACUAACUGGCAAGGCCAAUGGAGACGUAUUUGGCACUGAAAAACAACUGAAAGCACCUAGAGAUGAAAUAGAUAUUUGAGCUUGUAGUUCACUCCGUGUUUGACCUAAAUCAACAAAAAACACAUAACUGUACUGACUUUAAAUGAAAUUACAUGGAACAAUAUGGAAAACAUCCCAUAAUGUUCAAAUUACGAGUUACGAUUUACGUUUUGCUGAAUACUUGCAAAUUUAACAGUGUCAAAACAGUCACACACAAACACAUUUAUUAAAAUCUGAAUGCAAUUUUCAGAUUUUCAGAUUUUCAGAUCACUUGUAGGUGCAAUAAAAGUUUUAGGGCAACUUUUUAAUGCUGAUGUCAACGCUUUAGGAAUUUUAUUUAAAAUGUUGCGCAAAACUGCAGCUUGUGUUUUAGUGUCAUCUGGGUAUAUUAAAUACAGCUCACAGAGUGCAUUUUGAGAUAGCAAAACAUAUUUUAUCAUAGUCAACAGUAUCCAGUAAUCGUUGAUAUCUGAUCAGUCAUUCAGAUUCGGCCCAGCUGUGUGGCUUGGAUGUAGACGUAGUUUUGAUUUAGGUCAUGUUUGAGUUCACAGUUUCACACACUACUUUUUAUCUAUGCUAUAGUCACUGGAUUCACGCUCAGUGUAGUUUCUGGCUUAUUCUUUUGGUCACAUAAGACCUUGUGUGACGACAGUUGACUUUUCAACAGACAAGAGCAGACCGCAGGAUAUCAUUGUACUGUUACUAUCACACAUGUUAAAAUAAAAGAUGAGGUUAUCUAUAAGUAAAACUGACUGUAAAGAGAGCCCUGAAGUGCAGCUCCCUGGCUGCAACCACAACUCACUAUUAACACAGUCGUCAUCUAUUACACUGCAGUGAGCACAAGAACUGGUAUUGGCUCUAAAAGGAAACACUUAAGGGGCAACAGUCCACAGAGCUAACAUGAAGUCAUGAAAAGAAAGUCUAAGGACUGGAGACAAAGAUGGACUAUGAUACUGAUGUUAAAAUCAUUGUACAAUAUUUUAGAAAAUACAAAAAAGAAAUAAACCCGCGGCAGCAUAUUUAUUGUUCUUGUUGUGUGAGUGAGAGACACCUCCAUAAAACCACAAGUUCAAAACAAUCAUUUAUAACUAAAAAAAGUGGAAAUGGUACUGAAAGUAUGUUAUGACUACUAUAUCUGUAAUUUUAGGGGAAGUUGGUGCAGCUUGUAAGCCCAUAUAAUAUACAGUUGGUGUUUUUAUUGUUUUGUAAACAGACUGUUUUAGACUGAUUACACAGUGGUGUAGCAUGUUGUUUAAAGUGCAUCUUGCCGGGUUUUGCAUGCUCUCAUUCAGUCCCAUUGUAAAUUUGUACAGAGCGUUCUGUUAGACCUUUUAUAUUUCCAACCUUUUCUAUAUGUUUUUAUUUGUAUUCCUGCGUACUAAACAAGUGUUGUUUUGUGUAGUUUAUCUUGUAAAUAUGUUCUUCCCUGGAUUGUCUUAGUAAGGCAUAAAACUUAAGUGUAAAAGUCCAACACUUUGAAAAAAUAAUGAAGACUAAUAGUCAUUUGCCAAAUACGAUAUGGGUUAACGUUUCAUGUCAAAGCAAACUUUGAGUCUUGUUUUAUUUAUGAAGUUACCACGUCCUUGUGCUAUUUAACAUCUGUGAAAAUAAAAGUGGAUUUUUUUUUCUCAAAAUUUCA